GCGCGCGCUCUGUGCAAGUGCGGAACACUAAACAUUAAACAGAAGAUUUUCCUGACUUCAUUUCUUCGCUUAGCAGCAGACAAUAGAAAUCCACAAUGUCCAAAAAAGUGGCUGUAGUUACGGGGGCAAAUAAGGGCAUCGGACUGGCGAUUGUUAAAGGGCUGUGCAAGGCAGGUUUCAAAGGAGAUAUUCUCCUCACUGCACGGAAUGAGAAACUGGGACAAGAGGCUAUUGCUGGACUGCAGUCUGAGGGGUGCAAAAACGUAAUCUUCCAUCAACUUGAUAUUUGUGACCAGGGAAGCUCUCUAAAACUCAAGAAGUUUCUGGAGGAGAAGUACGGUGGCCUGGAUGUUUUGAUCAACAACGCGGGAAUUGCCUUCAAACAUUCAGCACCAGAGCCAUUUGGAGAACAGGCCGAGGUGACCAUGCGCACCAACUUCUGGGGAACGCUGUGGGUGUGUCAUGCUCUUCUGCCGAUACUUCGACCCGGUGCUCGAGUGGUCAAUGUGUCCAGCUUUGUUAGCAAGAAAUCGCUUGAACAGUGCAAUGCUGAGCUAAAGGCAAAAUUCAGAAAUAAAGAUUUGUCAGAGGAGGAAUUGUGCCUGCUGAUGGGAGAGUUUGUUCAUGCUGCACAGACAGGGGAUCAUACGGCUCAGGGCUGGCCAAACACUGCCUAUGGUACCACCAAGAUUGGUGUGACUGUGCUGUCAAAGAUCCAGGCUCGAGUUCUCAGCGAGACGAGGCCAGGUGACGGUAUCCUCCUGAAUGCUUGCUGCCCAGGAUGGGUGCGGACUGACAUGGCUGGAUCAAAUGCUACCAAGAGUCCGGAGGAAGGAGCAGAAACUCCUGUUUAUCUGGCCAUGCUGCCUGAAGGAGCCAAAGAGCCGCAUGGACAGCUAGUGUGGGACAAGACUGUACAGGAAUGGUAGAGUGAAGAAAACAGGCGCCAUCAGUUCAUUCCAUCUGAAAAUAAUGAUAUGAUCUGAAAGUAACUCUUUUCCAAAAUAUAUGAGACAUUAUAAGAGGCAUACUGUAAAAUUUCUACUACAUGAAAUUACAUUUUAAAAAGCUCUGACUUGUACAUGCCAGUUUUCUUGAAAGUAAUUGUAUCAUCAUUUAUGAGGUCUUCAUAUCAGAUUUUCAGUAUCUGUUCAGUCAUUUUGUUUAUCUCACUAAGAUAAACAGAUUUUGACCUCAAAUCCUUCCACAGAACAGAAUUUUACUAUCUGUAUACGUUCCAGCUUUAUGAAGCUAAAUAAAUAUUUAGCUUGCCAAAACAUUUGUGAACUUGUGAUCUUGAAUUGUAACCAUUAAAAUGAUUGGUUGUAA